AUGGCAUCCAACGUGAUCAACGUACCUUGUGUCCAAGAUCCUUACAAGUCACUGCCUUUACCUAAAGCUGAGGAAUCGGCUUGUGUCCGCGUCCUAAAUAUUCAUGGUACUACCAAAGAUUCCCCCCUUUCAGGAACUCUCGAGGUCGUAGCCGUGAGUCGUUCUGAGGGUCCCUGGUUUUCUGCUCUCUCUUAUGUUUGGGGAACAUAUCGAUCGCCACCGGAUACGAUUAACUGUAACGGUCACGAAUUGAACAUCACAGCAAGCUGUCACGAUGCACUGAAGGCACUCAGGGAGAUGCACGGGGGUAUCAAAAUCUGGGUAGAUGCAAUUUGCAUUAACCAAGCGGAUUUGAAUGAAAAGGCAGAACAAAUACCAAUGAUGCCUCGCGUUUAUCAAAAUGCCGCCGCAGUAUAUACCUGGCUGGGUCAAGAUAGCUUGUUGUUGAGACAGGCAAUAAAAGCCGUCAGUGCAGCCUGGGAGCUCGACUACGGCAACUUUAUUGGGUGGACAAGAUUCUCUUGGGUACCGCAAUCAAUACAGUAUGCCAUCUCGUUUCCAAGAAACUGGCUUCGUUUGCGUCAAAGUAUAUGCGACAUAAGGAAAACGACAAGAUCUUCAGGUAUUCCUCUAGAGCAGGUCAAUCUCGACUGUGAGUGGUUAUACCGGGCUUGGACGUUUCAGGAAUUCAUGCUCGCUACGAACCCACGCUUUUUCUGGGGAACAACCGAGAUUUCUUGGCUACACAUGGGAGGGAUAUUUUAUUUUGCGGAUGAGCCCAAGUCAAAACUGAGAAGAGCGACCUCGUACGCCACGACUUUUGGGAAAAGCUAUGAUAUCGCGUUUAGGACGUUCAUUGAGCCCUGGGCUGAUAUAAUGUCUCAGUUUUCAUGGUCUUGGAUUUUGCAGCUUGAGAAAAUGUCCAUGUCAACCCAAUUAUCAGUACAUCGGGUUCUGAAGAGAGAGAAAGUUCAUUCGGAAUUAUUAUCCGGUUCUGGAAAUGAUUUAUCGAGUAACCCGCCAUUGGCUGACUACGAACGACCCCUCGACUUGGUAUAUUUGGAUUUUUUUGUAUAUGUCACCGGUUGCCACAUUUCAUUUUUGCAUCUCAUUGCCGACUCGGGACUUCAACAAGCACUUCCGGGAGGACCGUCUUGGCUGCCGGAUUGGAACACAGCCUUAGAGACCCGCACCUGGUUGAGUUCCGAAUACUUACACGAGAUGGGCAGGGAGCGUAUAGGAAACGUCAUCAAGGGACGACACAUGGAUACACCCAUUGGGGAGAUAGAGAUGAUAUGUGUGGUUGAAGGGCGUGUGUUGAAAGUUUUGGCGACUUUUCAUUCCAAAAUUACGUUUUUUGACACGGUGGAAGAGCAAUACUGGCAAAAUUUUAUGGCCGCUUACCAUACACCUCAAUUGGAUACAGCGAAUAUUAAUGAGUUCGAAGAGGAGUUUGUGCCCCGUUUGGCAGUUAUGAGGUUAUUGUAUAGUUGGUUGAAAGUAACCCCCUCCACCCGCGACUUUAUGGAGGAUCCUCUUUGGGCGAUAAUGUCUUUAUUUGGUUCGCCAGGUAAUGGGCAUGCAAUGCCAACGAUUCUUUCCAAGAAAAAUUGGAUAGUAAUGGCGGCGGUAAAGCUGCUUGCAUAUGUACACAGUGCGGCGACCGAAUCUUGGUCAAGUGAUCCCGAGCGGGAUAGCACAAUAGCGAGUCUGCUGCUCCUUAUAAAGUUGACGGACAAUCCGCAGGCCCUCCAGGUACUGGAAGACAUCUACCGAAGCAUGUUAGGUAAGAGGAGCUUCUUCACAACAGAAGAUGGAGAAAUUGGCUCUGGUCCGCUAUUGAUGAGAGUCGGAGACAGGAUCGCUCAUAUCGCAGGCGUCGGAGUACCAAUGUUAUUGCGACCUCAUGAGCCUGUGGAUGGGAUAGGGAACAGCUAUUCUGUAGUAGGCCCUGUGUGUUUUUCUACAAGACAUAUGGGACGAGUGAAGAUAGACUGGAUUAAGAGAGAGACGAUUGCAUUGGUCUAA